AUGCACAGGUUGCACAUGCUUCACCACCAGGUCAGCACUAUGAAGACGGGCAGCGAUCCUAGACCUGUGAGUACGGGAAGUGACCAGCAGAAAUGCUGCUGCAGCUGCUGCGCCAAGGAACGUGGAGAAGCAGCAUGUCGGGAAUCCGGUGGCUCUGCAACAUAUGAACGUCAAGGUUGUGAACCACCAGUAGCCCCAGAUAGGGCAGACGACCCGUAUACAGCAAUGCUACGCCAUCAAGGGAGAACAAGCGCUCCGCGCGUGGGUGCGAGGCUGCCCAUUUGCUGGUAUGGUCGCGACAGGCGUCUGCCCCGUCACGGGCAAACGGGCUGA